GUUAUAGGCUGAGAGAGAGAGAGAGAGUGGGAGUUUUAGAGGGUUUGAGAGAGAGAGAGAGAGAGAGAGUGAGUAAGUUUACAGGGUUUCUUCAUCAAUUGCCCUGAGAGAGAGACUCAUCAAUUGCCCUGAGAGAGAGACUCAUCAAUUGCCCUGAGAGAGAGACGGGGGUUUAAAGGCUUUACGGAGCAAUUGUAGACAGAGAGAUGGAUCCAGAAGCAUUUCGUUCGAAAAUGUCCGGUUUGGCCUUUGGAAAUGUCAUGGCUGCGGCGGCAAGAAACUAUCAAAAGGAAUUGCUUGCUCAGCAGAAGCCCCAGGCUUCUAGUGCGGCUGAUCAAGAGGUUGAUUUGGACGAACUAAUGGACGAUCCCGAGCUGGAGAGGUUACAUGCUGACAGGAUUGCAGCACUCAAGAAAGAAGCUGAGAAGCGAGAAGCCCUACAAAGGAAGGGUCAUGGAGAAUGUCGAGAGGUAACAGAAGGGGAUUUUUUGGGUGAAGUUACUGGAAGCGAGAAAGUAAUUUGUCACUUCUACCAUAAGGAGUUUUACCGUUGCAAGAUAGUAGAUAAACAUUUGAAGUCACUUGCUCCAAGGCAUGUUGAUACUAAGUUCAUCAAGCUUGAUGCAGAGGCUAGUUAUCUAAACCUUCUUAAUGGUUUUCUCUCCCUCCCCUGGGAAACUUACUGCUGCAUUUUAUCUGUGCAGAAUGCUCCCUUCUUUGUUAACAAACUGGCAGUUAGAACUCUGCCUUGUGUCAUAUUGUUUAGAAAGGGCAUUGCUGUAGAUAGGCUGGUCGGUUUUCAAGAUUUGGGUGGUAAAGAUGAUUUCACAACAAAAGCUCUUGAAAAUCUUCUUAUAAAGAAAGGGAUAAUAGAGGAAAAUAAGGAAGACAAAGAUGAAGAUGAAGAAGUGAAAAGCAACCGAAGAACAGUUAGAUCCUCUGCAGUUUAUGACUCAGAUUCCGAUUGACGACUAGAAGGGGCUAUCAGCAAUCUCAGGGCAAAAUGUAAAUCUCACAAAUGGUAGCUGAACCAAUUCGAUUCACAUGUUUCUUCAAUGGACAAACAUAAGUCACCUUGUUUACAUGUUUUCUUGAAUGGACAAACAUGAAAUACCAUGUCUCAUGGAUGAUGCAAUUGUGGUAAGGGGUAACCUGCCUGUUGUUACUUGUCUCAUACCAUGCCUCCUGAUGGUUUAAGUUGUAACAGAAUAUUGAAGAAAGACAGUAGAUGUUGUUGGUCCACUUGGUUGGAAAUGUAGCUCAUUUCAUAUAA